UCCACCCAAACAGCUGCAACAAGCCAAGGUGAAUUGAUCAUUUAUUAUACUAUUUUUUGGCUCAAUUUUAGGAUAGAUGGCAGCUCUUAUUCUUUAUUCAGUCAGCCUGUCUCUGCUAAUAAACUCAGUGGAGCCGAAGGCUAGAAGAAUUUCUAAUGUUUGCUUUGAAAAAGUUGAUGGAGCUUCAUGUCACCAGCCAGACAAGUCAUGGCAGCUUGAUGGCGUCUGUGUCUUCGAGAGCGAGUCCAACCAGGAGUGCAUAGCAGCAGGAACACAAAGGUUCCAACUAAACAUCAUAGCUAAGUACCGCCCGCUGAGCAGCGAGUACAGAGGGAGAGUGACCAAUAUGUACAUAAGAGGCUCUGGCCCUGGUCUGAGUUGGGAGCGAUCAUUAAGCAUGAGGAAGUCAGCUAAAUCCAUUGAUACAUGGUCAACGCAAAUUAACUACAUUGUGGACUCCGACGGUCUCCCUUGCUUGAAUUCCACCCAUUGCACUUUGAACCAGAGAGCUCUUGAGUUUCGUAUCUAUCAGGACAAUUUAGGGAAACUUGGGAUGAAAGGACCAAAUUUCUACAUAAACCUCCCUGUAUCAAAUUCAAUGUUUGGUGCUGUUAGUUACAGGACCCCCAGUGUGACUGUCUUUCCUUGGUUCAUCAGUGAAUCAGUUACGUCCCGGGCGUUCGAAUACGACCUAGCUCUUUACCUCUUCUUUGAUUACCUUGUCCUCAAUUGCAGGAUUAUCUAUCCGCCCAGCUUUAAUGAGAACAUACGCAAGAACUAUCCCCUCGUGAUACUCUUUGACUCGAGUCCCCACCUCGGGCCGCUUUUAGAGUAUCUUUUUGUGCACGAAGCCUCAGUUGAAGAACUGGUGGUUUUAAUGAUUGAGCCACCAUACUGGAACAAAGCAUACAUGAACAAGUACUUCAUGACUCCCUUUCAUACUCAUUACGACUUGUUCUGUCAAGGCUCCAAUCCGGACUGCUCAGGUUGUCAGACGUGUUGGGUGGAGGACAGAGCUGAGCCUUGCACCAGCGAGGAGUUUAUCUCAAAAAGCAAACGCUGUCUCAGCCUUGCAUAUCGUCAAGGUUGGGGGACUAGCUUUAUGCGUGGCGUUGAAAAUGAUCUUGUUCGUAAAGCUCAGCACAUGACUUCAGACAGGCUCCUGUUUGAUCCACCAAGACAUCGAGCGACGAUGAUUGGACAUUCUGAUUUUGCCGUUACUAUAUUUUAUGAAGCAGUUACAAGACCUGAUUUUGUUCAAAACGUUGCCAUGUUGUCCCCAAGGUUUCAUCUGCCACUCACAAAUGCUUACAAGCCACUAUCUCUCAUAUUUGACUACAUAUCUCAAGAGAAGGAAGUCCUUCUGAAUAAUCCAGGACAGCAAUACCUUCACUAUACUCAAAAGUAUUAUUUCGAUCAUGGAGAAAACGAUAACUUUUUCUUUCCACUUGCCGACACUCUAAGACUAACAGAGGAUGUCAUCAGUGACCUUAAGGAAAAACUCAAUUUACUUGACGAUGUGAACAUAAUAAACUUCCUUAUCCCUAAUGAGAGAAUGAAGUACAUGACAAAAGAUUUCAGUGAUGUCCUAUCACGCCUCAAAUACCCACUGACAAUCUUUCAUGGCGCAAAAGGAGGAGGGAAUAAAGAUUACGUUCGCUCAAUAAAAGUGAGUCAGUCUUUCUUGGCACAACGGCUUGGAAGUGUUUUAGAAGAAACUUCCGGAGGAGGAUCUGUGAUUACGCUAAUAACUAGUGGAAAUGCUACAAAUGCUAACGGAACUAAUGGAACUACAACAACUACAACUAUAGGAACAGGUGGUCCUAGUAACAAUGGCUGUAAGCCUUCAAUUGAGAACUGUCCUGAAAGAGGAGUACCAGUUGGUGUAUUCAUUGCAAUAAUUGGGGUUAGUGCAGCAAUGUCUGCUGUGAUAGCAGUCAUUUUAAUGUGUUUAAGAGAAGGAAGUAGAAGAGCAGCAGAGAAAGAGGAAAAGGAAGACCAGGAACUGCUGGAAGAGUUUAGCAGUGACGAUGAUGUUGAUUUAUGAAACUAUAACCUUUCUUUAUUUCACAUACAAACAUAAA